GCGAACAUGCCUGAUUUCCAUCAGGCGGCGUAAACUGGGCGGCUGUGAUAAUUCCCGUACGGUUGUCCCCGCGCUGACGGUUCCGCAAAGGUGUCUUCGUCCCUCCGUAGAUAGCGCCCCUACCGGCACAGGAAAUGCGCGAUCGGCCGACGUCUCCACGUCAUUGAUUUUGUGUACAAAUUUUUGUAACGAGGCGAUGAGCUUCCGUUGCGUUCUGAAUGUACGGCUAAGUAUAACACCUGCCGGACGGACCCAUCCUGCUUCUCACUUUCCCGAUGGAACUGGAUGCGACAAAUCGCGUAAUGUCGAUAUUGGGACCCUUGGCCGAUGGCAUUGUCCCCAGUCAUUUUGCGGCCGCAGGUCUGAAUGGCGCACUUCGUUAGUUCAUAUGCCCAUUGCUGCCGCCGCUUCCACGGUUCCAUGUCAACGGCCUCCACAUCAUGCGGUCCUUGCUGCCAGUGGCUGGGGGUGGCACUCUAGGACCGCCCGCGUCCUUGGUUUCAUAUUAUGUGACGCCUGCCCUCAGUGCGCCGCUUAUUCUAGUUAGGAUCGGCGGGGGCUGUGAGCGUUCCCCGCACUAUAAAAACCGACUCUGCCGACUCUGUUGCUCUUCGUCACGACCGCCCCCGCCAGCAUGUCCGACCCGUACUACUCUCAACAGUAUCCUAACGGAUCCUUCCCUCCGCCUUUUCAGAGCCCCCAGACGUACUAUUCUCAGCCAGGCACAAGCUAUUACCAGCCCACCACGCCCCCUAACGACCAGUAUGGCACGUCAGGGUACUAUACCAAUGACCGAGGCCAGGGAGACGUGGCCACGGCGGUAGUGCACAACGCCGUUCGGCCGACUGGUCCUGUUCCACAACAGCCUGCGUCCUAUCCACACCAGGCCGGGACUUAUCCACAGCCGGUUGAAGAAGCAAGCUGCCUCUCCGGAUGCGUCAUUUUCUGAGUGCGUGUCGGUGCAUACACGGGAAAAAAUCCUACCUGUGCGCGGCGCCAAAAAGCGGUGUUGUAAUCUUCUAAUGAACACAAGCUUACAUUAGCUACUACCAUGCUCUCACCUUCUUUCCGUCUCUGUUCCCAGAUUUCGGCGGUCUCCUCCACCUUUUUUUGUCUCGCGCAAGCCUCGUUAUGCUAUACGAAUUGUAAUAUUCCCCUUCUGUCCAAUUCCUAUCCCUAGUAGAGCCGCUUGGAUCGUUC